CCGCCCGCCCGCCCCCCGCCCGGCCGCUCUCCGCCUUCUGCCGGCCGUGCCAGGCAGCCUCUCUCUCGGCCUUCACUACCGGGUCAGGCGAGGAGGGAACGCCGAGGCAGCGCCCGCCUGACUCCGCCGCCGCCGCCACACUCCUCCUCCCCGCGGCCGUUCCCUCCCUUUUCCCCUCCCUCCUUCUCUCCCUCCCUCCCCGCUGCCAGUUUCUCUACAACUAGUACAUCCACACGCAGGGUCCCGGCCGCCGUGGCUGCCAUGGAUAUCAGCUAAAGCGCCGGCAGCCGCUCGGACCGGGCACAGAGGCUCUCCCCGUCCCCGCUCCGUCGCCCCGCGGGGCCGCGGCGCCCGCUCCCCUCGCCGGCCGCAGCCCAGCCUGCCCCGAGCGUGCCCCAGCGGAGCCCCGGGGGAGGGGGGCAGAGAGCGGGAGGAGAGAGCGGCAAGCAGCGCGGGAGUCGGGCAGAGCAUCCCCACGGCAAUGUCCAAGGGCUUGAAGAAGAAAAGCCACUGGACGAGCCGAGUCCACGAGAUCGUGAUCGUGCGGAACCCGGAGGGGCAGCUGGGCUUCGAGCUGAAGGGGGGCGCCGAGAACGGGCAGUUCCCGUACCUGGGCGAGGUGAAGCCCGGCAAGGUGGCCUAUGAGGGCGGCAGCAAGUUGGUGCCGGAGGAGCUGCUGCUGGAGGUGAACGAGACCCCCGUGGCCGGGCUCACCAUCAGGGAUGUGCUGGCCGUGAUCAAGCACUGCAAGGACCCCAUCCGCCUCAAGUGCGUCAAGCAAGGAGGCAUUGUUGAUAAGGACCUUCGUCACUACCUCAAUUUACGGUUCCAGAAAGGUUCGGUAGACCAUGAGCUCCAGCAGAUCAUAAGAGACAAUCUCUACCUCCGCACAGUGCCAUGCACCACAAGGCCACAUAAGGAGGGGGAGGUCCCUGGUGUGGACUAUAUUUUCAUCACUGUUGAAGAUUUUAUGGAAUUGGAGAAAAGUGGUGCUCUCUUAGAAAGUGGAACAUAUGAAGACAACUAUUACGGCACACCGAAGCCUCCAGCAGAACCAGCUCCAUUAUUGGUAAAUGUAACUGAUCAGAUCCUUCCAGGUGCCACUCCUGGGGCUGAAGGCAAACGUAAGAGGAAUAAGUCUGUGAGCAAUAUGGAGAAGACAGGUAUUGAACCACCCGAGGAGGAAGAGGAAGAAAGACCUGUGGUCAAUGGAAAUGACGUGACAGUAACACCAGAAUCAAGCGAACAUGAAGACAAGAGCACAGGUGUCUCAGGUGAAGUAUCUUCUACACAACCAUGCCCUGCACCAGGAUAUACUCAGCCUGAAGAAGCAAAGGAGGAUAUGGAUGUAACAAAACAAACAAAGCCUGAAGAGAAUGAUGACUUGGGCCCACUGCCUGAUAACUGGGAAAUGGCUUAUACAGAAAAAGGGGAAGUCUACUUUAUUGACCAUAACACAAAGACAACAUCAUGGCUGGAUCCACGACUUGCGAAAAAGGCUAAACCUCCAGAAGAGUGCAAAGAAAAUGAGCUUCCAUAUGGCUGGGAGAAAAUUGAUGAUCCCAUUUAUGGCACUUAUUAUGUUGACCACAUAAAUAGAAGAACACAAUUUGAAAACCCUGUGCUAGAAGCAAAAAGGAAACUACAGCAGCAUAACAUGCCCAACGCAGAACUUGGAACAAAGCCUAUGCAGGCCCAAGGUUUCCGAGAAAAACCACUCUUCACCCGUGAUGCAUCACAGCUGAAGGGGACUUUCCUCAGCACCACUCUUAAGAAAAGCAACAUGGGUUUUGGAUUUACCAUCAUUGGUGGGGAUGAGCCAGAUGAGUUUCUUCAGGUGAAGAGUGUAAUUCCUGAUGGGCCUGCAGCACAAGAUGGGAAAAUGGAAACAGGUGAUGUGAUUGUCUAUAUUAAUGAAGUUUGUGUCCUUGGACAUACUCACGCAGAUGUAGUCAAACUCUUCCAGUCUGUUCCUAUUGGUCAGAGUGUCAACUUGGUGCUAUGUCGUGGAUACCCUUUGCCCUUUGAUCCUGAAGAUCCUGCCAACAGCAUGGUGCCACCCCUUGCAGUAAUGGAGAGGCCUCCGGUAGUGGUAAAUGGAAGACAUAACUAUGAAACUUAUUUGGAAUACAUUUCUAGGACUUCUCAGUCUGUUCCAGACGUAACAGAUCGACCACCACACUCCUUGCACUCCAUUCCAGCAGAUAGUCAGCUUGAUAGCACAUUCCCACCACCUGCCCAUGAUGAUAAUGUAUCAAUGGCUUCUUCUGGGGCCACCCAAGCUGAACUUAUGACCUUAACCAUUGUGAAAGGGGCCCAGGGCUUUGGCUUCACUAUAGCAGACAGUCCUACAGGACAGAGGGUGAAGCAAAUUCUAGACAUUCAGGGAUGUCCUGGUUUGUGUGAAGGUGACCUCAUUGUUGAGAUCAACCAGCAGAAUGUACAGAACCUGAGCCAUGCAGAAGUAGUGGAUAUACUUAAGGAAUGUCCUGUUGGAAGUGAAACUUCUUUGAUUAUCCAUAGAGGAGGUUUCUUUUCUCCAUGGAAAACUCCAAAGCCUGUGAUGGAACGAUGGGAGAAUCAAGGCAGCCCUCAGACAAGCCUAUCUGCUCCAGCUAUGCCACAGAAUAUUCCCUACCCACCCACUCUUCACAGGAGUUCAUUUCCCGAUUCAACAGAGGCCUUUGAUCCACGGAAACCUGACCCAUAUGAGCUGUAUGAGAAAUCAAGAGCUAUUUAUGAAAGUAGGCGUCCUGAUUACAAGGAGUUGGAUGUUCACCUUCGGAGAAUGGAGUCCGGUUUUGGCUUCAGGAUCCUUGGAGGAGAUGAGCCUGGACAGCCUAUCCUCAUCGGAGCAGUAAUUGCAAUGGGCUCAGCAGACAGGGACGGUCGCCUCCAUCCUGGUGAUGAACUGGUGUAUGUGGAUGGGAUUCCAGUGGCCGGCAAAACCCACCGAUACGUGAUUGAUCUUAUGCAUAAUGCUGCCCGAAACGGGCAGGUGAAUCUUACUGUGCGGAGAAAGGUGCUACCCACGGGAGAGCCAUGCCCAGAGAAUGGCAGAAGCCCAGGCUCUGUGUCCACGCACCACAGCUCUCCAAGAAGUGACUACGCGACUUAUGCUAACAGCAAUCACGCUGUCUCCAGCAGCAACGCGACUCCCCCGGAGGGCUUCACGUCCCACAGCCUGCAAACCAGCGACGUGGUGAUCCACCGCAAGGAGAACGAAGGGUUCGGCUUUGUUAUCAUCAGCUCCCUGAACAGGCCCGAGUCAGGGUCCACAAUCACUGUACCCCAUAAAAUAGGGCGGAUAAUUGAUGGAAGUCCUGCUGAUCGCUGUGCAAAACUUAAAGUCGGAGACCGGAUCUUAGCUGUGAAUGGCCAGUCUAUCAUUAACAUGCCUCAUGCAGAUAUUGUGAAGCUAAUUAAAGAUGCAGGUCUCAGUGUAACACUUCGCAUCAUUCCUCAGGAGGAGCUGAACAGCCCAGCCUCAGCACCCAGCUCAGAGAAGCAGAGCCCCCUGGCCCAGCAACACAGCCCCCUGCAGCAGCAGAGCCCCCUGGCCCAGCAGCAAAGCCCUGUCACCCAGCACAGCCCCGUGGCACAGCCCACACUCCCACAACCCCUGCAGCUGCAGGGACACGAGAACAGUUAUAGGUCAGAAGUAAAAGCCAGACAGGAUGUGAAGCCUGACAUCCGACAACCUCCAUUUACAGACUACAGGCAGUCUUCAACUGACUACCGCCAGCCUCCCCUGGACUACAGGCAUCCUCCCGUGAUGGAUUACCAGCAGCCACCACCCCUUGACUACAGGCAGCCACCCUUGCUGGACUACAGGCAGCACUCUCCCGACACCCGGCAGUACCCCCUGUCAGACUACAGACAGCCCCAGGACUUUGAUUAUUUCACCGUUGAUUUAGAGAAGGGAGCCAAAGGUUUUGGGUUUAGUAUUCGAGGAGGAAGGGAGUACAAAAUGGAUUUGUUUGUGCUGAGGUUAGCAGAAGAUGGACCAGCAAUAAGAAAUGGAAGGAUGAGGGUAGGGGAUCAAAUAAUUGAAAUCAAUGGAGAAAGCACAAGGGACAUGACACAUGCCAGAGCAAUAGAGCUAAUCAAGUCUGGUGGCAGGAGAGUGCGACUGUUGUUGAAACGUGGAACAGGCCAGGUCCCUGAAUAUGACGAGCCAAGCUCCUGGAGCGCUCCCGCUGCCACCUCCCCAGGUCUGCAGGAAGUAGCUCUGUCCCUCGACGACAUAAUCUCACCAUUAUCCUCAUCACACAUAGCCCCACCCUCUGACCCUUCUCACCAGAUAAGCCCAGAACCAACAUGGGAUAUCAAGAGGGAACACGAUGGAAGGAAACCAAAGGAGCUUUCGGUGAACGGCCACAAAAAGAAAAGGUUAGGAGAACAAAGAGAAAGGUCAGCAAGUCCUAAAAAGGCAGACAGGUCCAAGCAUGACGAGCCUUCUUGGAAGGGAUAUUCGGAAGGCAAAACUAAGGUGACGGAUGGUGGCAGGCUCACCUCGGAAAGCAGAGCGGUGGGACACAGCGUUAUGAUGGAGGCUGGCGCAAGAGAGCACGUGUGUGCUGGAAGCAGUGAUGAACAGUUUGGGAGGCUGAAGAAGCCGGAAAGCAAGAGGGGAGGAUCUCUUAGCAAAAGAGAAGAUCACAGAUCCACAAAUACCAGUGAGAAGAAGUCAGCUGCAGCACCUGACCAUGCCAAGCUUGAUGCAGGUGCUACCAAGACAUACAGUAGCAAUCGCUGCAGCUCGCCUGGAAGCGAUAUGGAUCACAGCCAGAGGGAUCCUGAUGGGAAACCCAGCGAGUUCCCCAGGAAGGGACAUCUCCACCCCAUUAGCACUCGCAGCACCAACACUACAGUUCGGAAGGCAACGGUCUCCCCGGGGCCGUGGAAAAUCCCCGGCUCAGAUAAGCUACCUGGCGUCCUGAAGUCUGGUACUUCUGCCAUGAGCAGAUAAGCACGGGACUGUUGCCCUCUAACUGUCUCAAAUUGACGCAGAACAUUCUUCUUAGUUGUUGUCUCACGUUGAUUUAUUUUAAUUUAUUUUAACUACCACACAUAUACACAAAGCAUUGAGGGAUGAAAACAUUAGUGUGUAAUUCCAUGACAAUGUGCACAGUAUCUAAUAAGUUCAAAAGCAUAUAGUCAACACGGAGAUUUGAAAUUGACCCUAAAGUCCCAGUUCCAUUUUAGGGACUUUGGCAGCUACGGAAGAAACCAAAACAAAUGAAGGACAGUACAACAGAGAAGGAUAGUGCAGUGUAGCUUUAGCAUAUUUUUCCACUGCAUGAAGGACUUGGAUUUCAUUCAAACUUUAUAUCAAGAAACUGGAACAAGUUAGAGCAAUCGCAAACUGGAACAUCGCCUUAAAUAAAACUGCACGGAGCAAGCUGAAACUGAGAGAGAAUCUUUUCACGGAGCUAAAAUGUUGUAAAUAAAUUGUUCUUGACAUAUCUAGACAGGGGUUAAAGGGUUUCUUUGAAGCAUUUGGAACUGUACGCCCAUGACACGUCUCCACUGUCACCACUUUGGGAUAGUCCACGUGAUACCCUGUAGCACAGUUCGCUGGACGCUACAGGAGGAGUUGGGAAUCUAGUGGAUUAGUUUCUGUGAUACCAUUUCUACUGCCAUUUUUGUGAACCAACCAUGUUUCUGUACAUUGGAAAGGAGUUAGGGUGGAGUUGUAUUUGCAAAUUAUUCUCCAAAGCAAUUUACUACAGGUUCCCCAAUUCCUGCAGAGUAGCACACAAGCCAGUUGGUCAGGCUCAAAACUCCAAUAUCCCCAAGGCCCUUGCAAUGAAAGGAAGAUUGCUACAGAGAAAAAGCUGCAGUUUCCUUAAGGAAAGGCCUUCCCCUCCUGCAGAAAAUGAUAGUUUCACUCAUCAACAGUGCUAUGUUUCAUACCCACCCCCAUUUCAUUAGGAUGCUCUCACUUUCCAUUCCCUCACUUUGGCAGAGCAGGUGUCUUUGAGGCACAUAACAGUAAUUAGACAGAAAUACAUUUUUUGGUGCCCUCAAUCUGUAAAUUCAAUAUAUUUCCAUUUUAAAAAUGGUUUACAUUUUAUCAUUUCUUCCCUACCUCCAUUUUUUUUCUUUUAAUUUUAGUCUUUCUUGCUUGUCUGUUUUGAAUUUCAAGCCUUAAGUGCCAGGUAAACAUUCCAGUCUGCCUUCACAGGAGAUAAGUCUAAGUUCAGUCAGUCAGUCACUAUCUUGGUUCAAUAAGAUGCGUGUGUGUACGUGUAAGUGUGCAUAUGCUUAUUUGUCUGUCAAAAUUAAAAUAAAAUAAAAAAUCCUGGGCAAUAGUAUAUUGGUAAUUAAAAGAACAAUCACGUAGUCAAAAAUUCGAAAAGAUUGUUCUCAAGCAAUCUUUGUUCCUCACAUGCUCUGCUGAAACAUUAGAUUAAGAUUGGCUUUGUUCCAAGAAAUCAGCACAUGGUUGUAUGUCUCAAACAUUGCACUGGACUGAGAAAUCUAUAGGCAUGUUUCUUCCUGUCCCAUUAUCUGAAUAGCCUCAAGUAAAGGAUUUUGCAGCUUUCAAAGAA